CCGAAUCUCCAGCGCGCGCCAAACAAAGCGUGCGCACUUUUUUGACUACUUCAUUAAGUUGAAGGGGACACUUACCUUGUAAAUUGUACAUAUCGUUGAUAUUCAGUCAUGAGCUCAUCAAAGUCCAAAAUUAAGAAGCUGUUUGGAAAGUCAAAGUCUUUUAAGGAACGCAGGGAUGCUGACAGGACUGAGGGUCACUUGGCGACUUCACCCGAAGACGAGAGCGCGAGUUUCAGAGGUUCGUCCGUAACUUUACCGUCGAGCCCCAGGGAUGGCACCUCAUACCCGGUCUCGCUGCCCACCAGCCCCAGCGAGAAGAAGAGGACGCGCUUCCCCACCUGGAGGUCCAAAAGGAGGAAUAAAGACUUGGAGUUUCUUCACAGUACCGGAGAUCUGGACUCAGUGUUCAACAACAGGAGUUUUGAUCAGGUGAGCAUCCAGACUGAGAACUAUCUGAUGACGGACACCUGCCCCACACCAGUGCGCUCACGCACCAGCUCCUUACUGAGCCUGGACAUCAUCUCGAGUCCAUCCUCUCCCACAAGCAAACGCAGCAAGAGUUCAGAUGAGAAAACAGUUAUCGAUCGGAUUGGAAAUUUUUUUAGGAGGAGAAAAAGUAAAACCAAAGAUCAGAUAGGUGUCUCGUCUGAAAAUUUUUCGCCAGAGGCAAACAGUCCAACCAAGUACUCAGGAUCUGCGGAACUGAGACAGACUAAGCACGGAGAGACUGAAGAUUCAGUAUUUAACUCAGAGAACCGAAGUCCCAGUGUGUGUAGCAUAGCUUCCCUUGUUGCAGAUGGAGGAGACUUACCGUUUGCCGACAGUGGAAGUAGUGGACGAGGGAGUGUGAAAGAGGUGGAAGUGAUUAAAAUCAGCAAGGCCGAGACAUCUGGCGACAAGAAGACUGAAGAUCUGGUGAGGGAAGUGAACAGAAAGCUCAGGGUGUACCUGGAGGAGACAGCAGACACGACAAUAAAGAAAUGUGCAGACAUUCCUAUACACACCCCUGACACGCCAAAGUCCUCCGCACUCUCAGGUGGGACGGAGAGUAAAAAGACUGUUUUAAAACCCACCAUCACAAGCGGCGGGAAUUACACAGCACUAGUUGGAGUGACUCUCGGAUCACAGUCCAGAACCACAUCGUCCUCUGACAAUCAGUCUGAAGUACAGAAAGAGUCAGAUAGCAUGGGGAAGAAAAACAACAGCAAACGGAAAUCACGCAAACUAAGCAGUCAAGACAGCAAUAAUGAAUGUCUCACCCCGACAAACACCAUUCCUCCUCAGGCAGAGGAGAGGUCAGCUCAAUUUUCUCCCUCCCCUGGACAAAUACACAGAGCCGAAUGGGCGGAAACUCACCUGACAGAGGAGGAGAGUGAGAGCUCCAUUACUGACUUACUUUCCUCUUCACAAGCUGCUCUGACCUGCCCUGCUGAGAGUUACUCUGCCCUCGGUGAAGCUCCCAGCAACACUCCUGCUCCUUCUAGAGUUCCAGAUCCAACCAAAUCCUCACAUGCUUCAAAAGACAGCACUGAACCACCAGUGAAGGAAACUCCAGAGAGAUUUAUUUCUGAGCAAUUGCAUUCUGAGAGCGGUGAAGUGAAACGCAGAAGCCUGAAACUGUCAGAGAGCGAUAAAGUCUUCGCCAAACGAGUUUUUGUUGGUUCGCAGUCAAGCCUAGAUGGGGAGGAACAAGCUCAGAGCCAAAGUGGGACUAACUUGGAUAAAACGCAGAAUGUACAGCAGGUUAGGGUGAAAAUAUUACCAAACCCCAAAAGCGUGAAUGUCAAGCAGUUCAACCAACAGACAGAUGAGUCAGCAGAAGAUGUUUUUGUGCAAGAGCAGUCUCUUGAUAAGGAUGUAGAGAGGCCCUCUGAACUUUCCACUGAGAAUAGAGACAAUACCUACUCCAGGGAGGAAUUUGAUUCCCCAGAAAUGCCGCUUAAUAAAGUACCAUUUAAUACUGUGAUGAGCAGUCAUCAAAACACAUCUGUACCAUCCAAACGUAUGGACAGAGGCAGCAGUGGACCAAAUGGGGGAAUUAAAUUAAAGAGCCCUCCACCUCAAGUUGCGCCUAAAACAAAGGCUGUAAUGUCUCGUAUAAAACUCUUCUCUGAGGCAUCAAAGAUAGAUCCUGUUCCAGUACGGAGGAUUUCACCAAAGCAGACAGAUCAGAAAGAAAUUAAAUCUCCAACAGAAAAUGACCAGUCUGUUACACUUAAUAGUCCAAGUGAAAUCAAGACCAAAAUUCCUAAGAAAAGCACACCAGAGGUUCAAGUCAAACCAAAUAAAGUGCUUGAGGUUGUUACUGUAUAUAGUGUGUCUACAGAAGCUGAAAGAUCAAUGUCCACCAAACGUCAGAGUGAGACUGGAUCAAUAAGCCCAGUGCAGAAAAUGUCACCAACUAAAAGACUGGAAGAGAAGGAUGUUUUGGACAUCUCGCUAACAUCAAAAACCUCUCAACCUACAAAAGAACAAGCUACUGUUUCAAAGCCUAAAAGGGAAAGAAGUCUUAAGCAAUCAUUUUCUGAAGAUAAAUCCCCAUCCUCCCCUUCCUCACCGGAGAAUUCAGGUUCAACAAAGCUUAACACUGAAUUCAAAUCAGUUAAAGAAAUCCAAAAGUCUAAAACACAACCAACAGUCGUCAGUGACAGAAGUCUGACACCAAAGACUAGUUCUCCUUAUUUAAAGAGUAAAGUCAAAUCGGGUGACACUGGCAACAAAACAGAGGCAAGACCUUCUUCCUCAGCAACUGGCUUUGACCAAACAGUGCAGAAGAUUGAAAAGGAGAAGCCAGUGAAUGAAACCCAGCUAAGCGGGCCAAAAAGUCCAAGAAAAAUCGUGACUGAUGUGUCAUCAACAGGAAGGAAACCUCGAACGACACCAACAAGCCCUCUGAAACAGCCCUCAGAUGGAGAAGUGUCCCGUGGGCAAAAUGAGUCAUGUGGACCAACCUCACUCCCACCUUCCAAGCCAGAACGAAAUGAGUCAUCACUGUCUAACGGUCCUGUCAGUGAUGGCAAAUCCUCUAAGAGUGAUCAAGCCACUGGGAAUGCAGCUGUCAGGAUAUCACCAGAGCUCAAAUUGAAAAGCCCUGUUAAGGAGGUAGUGAGUGCUUUACAGCCAGCCUCACCACGUCUCAGAAGUCCCACUAAACUCAAGCCCAAGAAAGAUUUUAGGAAGGCAGAGCCAGCUGCAGCUUCAGAUACAAAAAUAGAUGAGAAGACAACAAAUUUGUCCAUCACACCCACAGCUGCUUUAAAAUCUGAUGAAGUUACAAAGUCAAAAUCCAUUUCUGAAAUGCAGAGUGAAAGCUGUGAGUCCAGAGACACAACAGAUGUGUCAUUUUUAGAAAAAAAAAAUCAGCAGACAGAAUCAGAUCUCUCAGUUCCUGGAGGCUCACAUGUGCAAGUUUCAUCAAAAACCAAGACGGAUAUUUUCAAAGAAAAGCAUCUUGUUGGGUUUGAGAAAGAGACAUGUGCCCUUGAUAAGGCAGAUGAAAUUUCCACAGUUUCCAAGAUGGCAAAACAGUCAAAAGCUUGUUCUGAAUCAAAGCGUGCUAAAUCUGAUGCUGCUGAGACCAAAGUCACACUGGAUGCAUCACUUUUAGAGAAGAAUGAUUCACACUCUGAAAAACAACAGACAACUUUACCAUCUUCAUCAGACCAGGAUAUACCAGAUAAGCAAUCUGUCAAAGAAAAGUCACUGACUGGUUUCAAGAAAGAGAACUCUGGCCUUUCUAAAAAUGACAUUUCCUCAAUAUCUGCGAUGGGCCAUGACACAACCAGUAAUCUGAGUGCUCAAGGUAUUUGCAAACAAUCGAAAGACACUUCUGAAACAAAAGAUGAAAAAUCUAGUAAUGCUGAAACCAAAGUCAAACUAGACGUGUCGCUUUCAGAAAACAAAAUUAUGCAAUCCCUAAAACAACAGACCGAAUCAAAUCUACCACCUUCAUCAGAACCACACUUCCAGAUUACAGAUAAGCAGUCAGAUGUUGUCAAAGAGAAAUUUCUCGAUUUAGUGAAAGAGGAAUGUGUUCCUUCUAAUUCAGAUGAAAUUUCCUCUACACCUAAGACAGCUAAACAAUUAAAAACCUCUUCUGAAAAGAAGGGUGAAGACACUUGUUCUACUGAAACCAAAGCCAAACUGGAUGUGUUGCUUUCUGAAAGCAGCAAUAUCCAAUCCUUAAAACAACAGACCAAAUCAAGUUUACCACCUAAGACAGAGUCACAUGUCCAAAUUACAGAUGAGAAGUCAGAUGCUGUCAAACAGAAAUGUCUUGGAUUGGAGAAAGAGACACUUGUUCUUUCUAAUGCAUAUGAUAUUUCCACAAUAUCCAAAACAGCUAAACAAUCAGAACCCUCUUCUGAAAAGAAGGAUAAAGACUUUAGUUCUGCUGAAACCAAAGCCAAACUGGAUAUGCAAACCCUAAAACAACAGACUGAAUCAAAUCUACUACCUUCAUCAAAGUCACAUGUCCAGAUUACAGAUGAGAAGUCAGAUGUUGUCAAAGAGAAUUGUCCUGGAUUGGAAAAAGAGGCACGUGUUCUUUCUAAUGCAGAUGAUAUUUCUUCAACACCCAAGACAACAAAACAAUCAGAUCCGUCUUCUGAAAAGAAGGGUGAAGACUCAGGUUCUGCUGAAACCAAAGACAAACUGGACGUAUCGCUUUCAGAAAACAUUCAUUUGCAAUCCCAAACCCAACAUUUAGAAUCAAAUGUACUGGAUUCAACAGAAUCAAAGGUGCAAGUUACAUCUGACAAGCCCCCAGAUGUUGUUCAAGAAAAAUCUCUUGUUGGGUUUGAGAUAGAGACAUCCAGUAAUCUAACUACUCAAGAUAACAAGAAGUCUUUCUCCUCUCAGGACCAAAUAGCUUCAGACAUUGCAAAGAAUUCAUCCCAAACAAAUAAGGAGACUGAGACCAAAGUGCUCAGUGUGAAAAAUCCUCAGAAUUCAGAUUUAAAACUACCAAAAACCACUACACAACUAAACGAGAACGUCAAAAGUAAAGAAGUGACUGGUACACAAAAAGAAGAGAAGCUAACUGUUCAGUCUGGAGGCUCGAGUGAAACAAACCAAGAGUGUGUCAAACAGAAUGCAUUAAAUAAAACAAAACAAGCUGACAAUAAGUCAGUAGCAGUGAUCACAACUCCAGAGGCAGUUUCUAAACCAGAACCUGUUCGAAAAGGUGAACAGACAUUAAAGGACAAAGUCCCAUUAUUUAAAAUGCCAGAUAAACUGUCUUCCAAAGUGGACAGGAAGAGUGAGGUCCAAGUUAAAAAUAUCGAGUCUAACCUGAAAGCCACAGGUCUUACAAAGGCUAGUAAAACAACUGAUACUAACUUGCAAAAGUUAAAACCAUCAACUGACCAAAACGUUAAACAAUUCAUAUCUCAGAAUCUUCCUUUGGACCCCAAAAACACCUCACAAAAUAGCAAGGAACCAUCUAGUUGGUUGGACGUGGACAGAAGUUUUAAGAAGAAGAAAACAGAGAGGCGUAUGGAUUGCUCUGCGAGUGAAGACAAUCUUUUAGACACUUCAGAUGACUUUGAUGACUUUGUUCGUAAUAUUAAAGAGAACUGCUCUCCUUUCUCUUUGCCACCAAGAAAACACGGGCAGAACAAGAUGCCUUCACCACCUUUUGCAAUGCCUGCUAUUAAAGAAGAUCACUUUGAGAAAAUACUUGACCCAGAACAGUUCCAGUUUGGGACAAGAAAAACAGCAGCACUCAAAGAUCCCUCUCCAGCCAUGAUGAUCAAGAAGAAAAAUGAAGAGACAAAAACCAAUCCUUUGUCCAAACGUUCUGAGGACAGCCUACUUUAUAAAGGUCUCUCAUCUAGAUGGGAACGUGAUAAAGCAAAUAAGGUCACAGUCACUGAGGAGAAAAAUGAUGGAGAAAACCAAAAUGCAGAAGGCUCUGGAAAAUUGUCCUCAAGGUUAGAAAGAAUGUCAAUCAUCUCAAACCUUGUGAACUCUCCAAACACUUCACGAAAAGUAAGAACUGAACCAAGCAAUCUUAUCAAUGGCAUUCAGUCACCCAUAACACCAUCGACAGAGGUGAUGCCAACCUCAGGAGAGACUAAGGACAUGCCGCUGUCCCAGGUUGCUAAAGCACCAAAAGAGGGGCUUGGCGACAUUCCUGAUCCUGGCAUUGUUAAAGGAGGAUCUAGUGAUUCAAUAAUGAGCCCAACCACAUGUCCUCCUCUUCCAACUUUCACAGAAGUCAAGUUGCCUGACUUUUUGGAGAAAUACAUGAGUAAAGGCAAAGAACCAAGCACAGUGAGCCAGCAAAAGCCUGACACUGUCCCUGCACUGGAUUUGAAUCUGACUUCCAACACGUUUAAUUCAAACAUUGGGCUGCAAGGCAUAUCGGGAUUAACAUCUCCAUCACACAUCGCUCAGCAGAUUCCACUGUCCACACCCACCAGCCUCUCUCCAACAUAUGCACAGACACCAGGGGUCAGAGGCUUCCACAGGCGUCCUGGAAAGAUUGUAAUAUUCCAACAACCUCAGUUUGGAGGAGAGGCAUAUGAGGUGUUUAGAGACAUAGAGGAUGCAACAUCACUAAAACUCUCUCCACUCAUCUCCAUAAAGGUCGUCAGGGGAUGCUGGCUGCUGUAUGAAAAGCCAGGCUUCCAGGGUCGAUCCAUCGCUCUGGAGGAAGGGCCAGCGGACAUAGCAAAUGAGUGGGCAGAGACAGAGCCCAGUGAGAAGGUGGAGGAAAAUGACUCAGCACUCCCAUCCACACCCAUGGUUAUUGGAUCUAUUAGGCUUGCAUUAAGGGACUACAGCACACCACAAAUAGACCUGUUCACAGAGCUCAAUGGGAUGGGCCGAAUAUCGUCAUACUGCGAUGACACCAUAGAAACCUGCUCUUUUGGCCUUCCUCAGAGUACUGGAUCGAUUAAGGUCCACAGUGGAGUAUGGCUGGUCUUCAGUGACCCAGGUUUCCAGGGUCUUCUGGCUGUUUUGGAGGAAGGAGUCUAUCCCUGCCCGCAAGACUGGGGCUUUCCCACUCCGUUUGUCGGGUCACUGCGGCCCAUGAAAAUGGGAGAAAUUAAGGUGGAAAAUCCCAAUGAAAUGAAGGUAUUACUCUUUGAAAAGCCGAUGUUUCAAGGGGAGUGCAUGGAGAUUGAAAGAGACAUCUACAACUUUGGAGAAGAAGAGGAGAAUGAAGAAGAGGAGACUGAGAGUCCUGACAGCACCAGGAGAAACAUACUCCGUUCUGUCGGCUCAUUAAAGAUCCUCAGUGGCAUCUGGGUUGGAUACUCUGCACCAGGGUUUGAUGGGCGCCAGUAUCUUCUGGAAGAAGGAGAGUAUGCUGACUUCACAGAUUGGGGUGGACUGGAAGAAGGGCUCCUCUCUAUACGUCCUUUGCUGGCAGACUUCAUGACUCCUCACGUGAGAAUGUUCAGCGAGCAGGAUUUCAGCGAGAGAGGGAUGAAUGUGGACCUGCUGGAACCUGUCAUUAGCAUGGAAGCUACUGGCUUUGGUGUAAAGACACAAUCGGUGGAAGUCCUCUCUGGCGUGUGGAUAGCAUUUGAGAAGGAACGUUUCUCAGGUGAAAUGUACAUUUUGGAAAAGGGUCUCUACGGCUGUCCUGAAGAUUGGGGUGCACGCAACAACAGGAUUUUGUCUCUGCAGCCUGUGGUUUUGGAUCAGGCUGAAGGACUGUCCAGAUAUAAGGUGCAGUUGUUCUCAGAGCCGGGGUUCCAGGGAACAGUGCAGACUUUAGAUGAAAGUGUGGCAUUCCUGCCGGAGGGCUUUCACCCAAUGUCCUGCAAAGUUUUAGCUGGGAGCUGGGUGGUGUUCGACAGCCCACAGUUCACUGACAACAUGUAUGUACUGGAGGAAGGAGAAUACCCCAAUCCUGAGGCACUGGGCUUACUCAACGAAGACUGCAAAAUCAGCUCUGUCCACACUGUAGGACAUGAGUUUUCCAUGCCCUCCAUCACACUCUUCUGUAAAUCCGGCUUCAGAGGACGCAAAGUAGUUCUAACUGAAGGUGUUUUGAACCUGUCAUUGGCUGGCAUUGAUGGACGGGUCAACUCUCUCUUGGUCAAUGGAGGAAUCUGGGUGUUAUAUGAAUACAGCAACUUCCGGGGUCAUCAGGUCCUUCUCCAUCCCAGCGAGAUCGGUGACUUUCAGAAGUUCAGAGGCUGGGAGCAGAUUGGCUCUUUGCGUCCGUUACUACAGAAACGGGUGUAUUUCCGGUUGCGUAGUGCAGAGACGGGCUGUUUGAUGUCUCUGUCUGGACCUUUGGAUGAUUUAAAGCUGCUCCGGGUUCAAGUGCUUGAUGAAUCUGGUGGUCCAGAGCAAAUGUGGGUCUAUGAGAAUGGAUUACUGCGCUGCAAGAUGGUGGAGGACUGUUGUGUGGAGACGUCUGGAGGUGUGGUGAUGGCAGGCGGCAGGUUGAACAUCUCGCCUGAACCAGGCAAAGACAAUCAGUUCUGGAGCAUCACAGGAGAUGGAAUCAUUCGCAACAAUCUCAAGCCAGACCUCGUGCUGGAAGUCAAAGGUGGCCAACAGUAUGAUAAAAACCAGGUGAUUCUCAACACCUUUGAUGAGCGCAAAACCAACCAGAGAUGGACUGUGGAAAUCCUGUAGUCACAACUCCUGAUAACAGAAGAACACCCUAAAAUAUCUGAGGCCGUUCAAGAUGACGUGAAUCUAAACCCCUAAAACAACUAGCACUGCUGGGAUUAUAAUCCUGAGAUGAGGAUGUCAAAAUCUCUAGGAAAUCUAUUUAGAUUGUGGUUCUCUUAAUGAGCGAUGUGUCUUUGUGAACAACUGAAGUCCAUCGAAUAACCUGCGCUAGUUUGACUGUAUUUUGUGCUAGUACUUUGUUGUUGUUACUCUGCGUUGGCAUGGCAACACAAACAAAAAACGGUCCUGCCUGCAAUGGAAUUACAGUACAAAAGGGGGCGCACUAGCCUUAAGAUUAGCAUGUAGCUGCACUUUAGGUGACCCUGUAUAUUUGUUUUAUCUGCAAAGAGUCAAGGUUUUGCGAGUUAGCAUGACCAAGUUUACCCCAUGCCUGUCUACAUUUUAUGGACAACAAAGUGCCUUCCUUUAUUCAUAAGUAGUUUUCUGACUAAAUUAUUUUUGCAAGAGAUAUACAGUAGGAGUCACAGAUAAUGCAUUAUAUUAGUGCCUUAUUUUGAGGGCUGUUAAAUGCUUGAAAUAGACUAUUUUUCAUUGUCUUCUGCCUUUCACGUCACGUCUCAGGAUGGUCGCUAACAAAGGGCUUAUGCGUGUUUCUGUGAUGUCAUCGGCUAAUCAGAAGUUAUUAAUCAUAAUUGUGACUCAUUUGAUCAGCUCAAAACAACCUGGCUGCAGAGCCAAGCUCUCAUUAGCAAAAAAAAAAAAGCAGAUUUUAAAUGAUAUCAAAUAUCAUUCGUUUUCUCCAAGUAUUAUAAACAAACAUAAUUGAAUGUAAGGCGGUUUUUAUUUGCCAUUCAAACACACUGAAAACUAAAUGCGGGAUCUAGAGGAGUCAUCUCGCUCUACAGUUGCUGUACAAAGUGUUUAUUACUGUCAGAAUAGUCAUUAUUAAUUAUUAAUGUCAGAAAAAGACCCAUUGCACACAUUAUAUAAGCAUUUCCAUCUCUUCAUGCUGAUCUGGCAUCAGUAUCAGUUCUAAAUCCGCUGCUCUGCUCAGAGUUUUUCUAUCUCUCUGUUUUUAUAUAUAUCAAGAUGUUUUGCUAGUUGAUUUUGUGUGUACAUUUUUCAUGUUCGUUUUAUAUGUUCCUUUCUGAAAUAUACUGUUACUUUUAGGAUAUUUAGUUUAAAUGUUUGAUUCGUUUCUAAAUAUACAGUACGUGUGAAAUAA